AUGUAUGUCAAUUUAUAGUCUCCAAGCCAUAGAAUAAUGUUAAAAGGAAGAAUUAUUAUUAAUCAACCUUUUCUUCAGAUGAAAACAUUGGAAAUUUUAGUAUUCAUUAUUUUAUAAAUAGUGAAAUGAUCAGAGACAAAGUUACUGUUCAUUUUGGCCGGGUACAUACCGAAAGCAACCGGUGAUAGCAACGCAAUGUCAACGCAACUCAGUCAACUGGAGUUUCUUCAAGGUUUACACCACGUGUACAUAAACAAGAAACCCAAGUUGACAAGUUUUCCAGUCACUUGUUCCGAUGUCUUUGUCCGAGGAGGAGGCAGUACUUCUCUAUGUGCUUAAAAAACAGAAAAAAAAGUUGCAUAGACGUUUUAGUGUUCAUCCAUACAAUUCUAGCAAUUUACACAGCAGUCAGUGGCAUUCCUUGCAAAAAUUGGGAAAAUAUCCCGAAAAGUUUUUCAACUACUACAGGAUGAGCAAGGCUAGCUUUGAUUUUUUGCUGGAUUUAGUUACCCCUCUACUGUUGAAACAAGAUACUAACUACAGAACCGCAAUUGGUGUGGGCGAAAGAUUAACAAUCACAUUAAGGUUUUUGGGUGAGGGAUGCAGCUACCAUCAACUAGCUUACGACUUCUUUAGAGGUGUAUCUACAAUAGCAGCUAUCGUUCCUGAAACAUGUGAAGCUAUCUGGUCUGUAUUACAACCUCUUUUCAUGCCAGUACCCGACAGAAAUCAAUGGGAAACUAUAGCUGAAAGAUAUGAAGAAUUAUGGAACCUGCCUAACUGCCUAGGGUCAAUAGACGGCAAGCACAUUCGUAUUAGAUCCUUUGAUCAUUCUGGUUCAAAUUACUACAAUUAUAAGCAUUUUUUUUCAACUGUGUUGAUGGCUUGCGCAGACGCUGAUGGGACAUUUAUAAGUAUUGAUGUAGGAUACCCCGGAAGAAAUAAUGAUGCAGGAGUUUUCCACUCGUCGACAUUGGGUAAAUGGGUAAAACAAAAUAGCCUAGACUUCCCUCUUCCAAGAGCACUUCCAAAUAAUGUCAGUAAUGAACCUGUACCAUUCUUUUUCUGUGGUGAUGAAGCAUUUCCACUCGAAAAUCUCAUGCGACCUUAUCCGCGACGUGUUUUAAACGAUACAAAAAGAGUGUUCAAUUACAGACUCUCACGAGGACGUAAAAGUGUAGAGUGUGCGUUUGGUAUGAUGAGCAUGAAGUUUAGAGUGUUGGAAAAACCAAUACAGUGCAAACCUGGUAACUUAAAAAAAAUUGUUCAAGCUGUAUGUGUGCUGCACAACUUUAUCAAAGCAAGAGACGGAACAGCAAGCUUUCCUGAACAAUUUGAGUACACUAGGCCACGCCUCACAUGUAUCGAUGACUUCCGCCGCUCAAGAAAGCGGAACUACUUAAUAAGGGACAAAAUCGCACGUUAUUUCGUUGAAUGUAACCCAAUACCGUCCCAGUGGGACUAAGCCAUCAAAGCUCCAGUGAACAUGUAAAUAACAGUUUUAGGCAAAAUAAUGUAUUUUAUAUGCUUAUCAAGAAUUACAAAAACUGUAUUAAAAUAUUCAUAGAAAUUAA